UGUCCUUUGCUCAGGUUUAAUGUUCUCUAAUAUUCAAGGCAAAAUUAAGCUGUAGCAAUCUUUGCUUCAUCAUCCAACUAAGUUAUCGUCACGGCCAGACAAGAGGAAGAGGAAGGACGUUUAAUCUCUUGCAUUUGCACGUUUAGGAAAAUCAGGAAGUAGAAAAGGACUGAGCGCAUAAUUUCAUGUUGUUUUGUCUUACUUCACUUUCACUCACCAACAUGGAUGUCCUUCUCCGAGUUCUUCUCUCUCUCAGCGCACUUGCAGGAAUUCACAGCAUAACUACAGUCAGUAAAGUGUCAGUGAGAGCUGGAGGUUCGAUCACCAUUCCAUGUCUCUAUGAGUCAAAGUACAUAAACCAUGUGAAAUACUUGUGUAAAGGAUAUUAUUGGAACUCCUGCUCUUACGCGAUUAAAACAAACCAAAAAAAAAAAAAGUUUUCCAUCUCUGAUGACAAAAUACUAAAAAUCUUUACUGUGACUAUAAAUCAUCUGACUAAAGAGGACACUGAUUACUGGUGUGCUGUGGAGAUUAAUGGAGGAGGAGAUGAAGGAAAGUAUUUUAAACUAUCAGUCACCACAAAUACACCCAGUCUAGACAUAAGUAAUCAGGAGAUUACAGGAUCCACAGGGAGCCCGAUAGCCAUCAAUUGUAACUUCCAUAACUCUGGAGAAAUGAAGUGGUGCAGGUUGGGCGGCUCCUGUUUGACAAAGUCUGGAUCAAUAAAUGGAACAGGAUUCACCAUCAGCGCGAAUGUCUCUGGUGUUUUCACUGUGACGAUGAGUGAGCUGAGGACAGAGAGCAGCGGCUGGUAUUUGUGUGUUAAAGGAGAUUUACAGAUGCCAGUGCAUAUAAGUGUUACUGAAAACAACCCUAAUAAGAAUAAUUCCAAAGAUCAGGAUGAACAUGUGCCCGUGGAUCUGAAGGCCUACACCAUCCCUUUGAGCUUGUUGAUCUUCAUUGUACUGGUGACCGUGUUCAUCUGGUUUAUGUUGAAAAGACACAAGCAGACAAAAGAAGCGGCAUCGACCGUGACAGUGGCCGAAGAGGAAAUAACAUACAGUACUGUUACGCACAAGAGAAACACUUCAAGCCAGAGUUCACCUGCGGAGAGUGCGGUGGACGUGGUAUAUAGUUCUGUGAUCCCCAUGAAGCAGCAACAUGUACCAAAGGAUGAAGCGAAUGACAAGAACGUCACAUACAGCACAUUGGCUUAGCUCCAGCACAACUUAGCAUAUGUAACCACUGCUUGUCUAUUUAUCUUGUAAACUAGUCUGGUUAUUGGUAUUAUUUGGAGAACUGGCGUCACCAUGUGUUGUCUGAUGUUAUUAUGUAAGCCGUGAGGUCACCUCUCUCUAUUUCUUCACCUUGUUUAAACCAUGGCCUUACUUUACCUCUUCUGCUAACAUUACGAAGAAGCAUUUCCCUGUGUUUGACGAAACUCUUGUCAACAUGUUAACAGUAUUAUUUGUUAGGCCUAAUGCACACAAUAGUAAGUCAUCUUGACUCAAAGUGCAUUUACAAACAUUUGUAAUUAUAUUUAAUAAAAUGUAA